CAAGAUCUGUCAAACUGAGAUGAGCGGCAUUGCCAAAUAUCUUCUUAUACUUUUUAUUUUGUUGUAAUUACUGUUUUAAUUUAUUCUUGAUUGCUAUUCAGGUGAAAGUGUAUGCGAACAGAAGCUUUAGAUUUUUCACAUUACAUUUUUCCGUACCUCUGGAAAUGUUUUUUGAAAAUUGGAAUGCAAACAAGUAGGUAGCUGUGAUAAAUUUUUACUUUUGGCAUCAACAAUGAUAUAAUUUUGUUAUUCGUUUUAAUAUUUUUUAAAUGUGACGGAAGUACCCAGUGCAAAAAUGUCUCAUCGUUAUUCUACAGCAUUUUCUCAUCUUGUUUUGGCUGGAACUGGAAUUUAUUGUUUGGUCCGAAUUAAAGACGCACAUUUCCACUGUCCCCACAUUACCUUUGGUUUAAUUACAGUGAAUUCGCUUAUUGGGCUUUGGAGAUGGGGAAAUCCUGACUAUGGAGACAAAGUCGAACGCCUGUAUAGAUUUACUUCCUACCUACAGUUACUAUUUGCGCUGCCAUGUAUUACAACGACUGAAUGGUUGGGCUAUGGGUAUGAUCGGUACCUAAGCUGGGCUUGGACAAUAUUGCCAACAAUUCCUCUUGUGUGCUACUUGGUGGACGCCGGUUCUGAUGAAAAAUUGGAAGAAGCAAUUAUUCCAAUUAACUUGAUUGCUUUGGGUGUGGUGUGCUUUUUGGCCGAAAACUACUAUGGAAUUGCAGCUGUAGUGUCAUAUGCAAUUGACCACUAUAUUGUCCUCAAACAAGGAGAAAGUUUGGAACACAUACCUGCUCAAGACUUGUACAAUUAUGGCCUAUGCUUCUUUGCAUAUUUUGCCCUGAGAGCAAUUGGGGAUUAAUGUUUUUGAUAUCGUAUAUUGACCAAUUUUUAUAACUGUUUGCUUUGAAAAUUGCAUAUCAUUGUUGUCAUGUACCUAUAUUUUUAUAUGAUGUUUCAUGCUAUUACUGUUUUAUUAUAUACUGUAUUUGACGAAAUUGUAUGUUGAACAAAUAUACGACUGAGACAAAGAA